GAUACAAUAAUAAAUACGUAUUCUCUUUCAGUGAUGAGCAGCCAUCUCGCGUUUCUAUUAGCCAUUUCCAACUAAGUGCUGUGCUGGGCCAAGGAGGUUUUGGAAAAGUGUAUCUGGGAAAAUACAAAGCAACAGGCAAACUGUUUGCCAUCAAGACCUUAAAAAAGCGAGAAAUGACUUCCUCAAUUAAAUUGAACAGUGCUCUGAUGGAGAAGGAGAUUCUUCUUUUGGCCAAACAAGAGCAACAUCCGUUCCUCACUGGAUUGUUUGCCUCGUUCCAAACAGAGCAUCACGUUUGCCUCGCCAUGGAUUUAGCGGCUGGAGGCGAUUUAACAAAAGUCAUUGAUCAUCCGGAAUUCAACUAUAAAGCAGCAAUAUUUUACUCUUCGUGCAUUGUUCUGGGCUUGGAAUUCCUCCAUGAACACAACGUCAUUCAUAGAGAUUUAAAGCUUGACAAUGUCCUCUUGGAUGCAUCCGGAUAUAUAAAAAUCACAGACUUUGGCCUUUGCAAAAAAGGAAUGGGCGUUGGAGUCUUAACCACAAGCCCUGCUGGAACUCCUUAUUAUACUGCUCCAGAGAUAUUGAAACGGGAGCCCUAUGGAAGAGCAGUAGACUGGUGGUCUGUAGGAGUGAUGCUUUAUUACAUGGUGCUUCACAGGUUCCCCUUUAACGGACUGAACAUGGAGCAUCUGUUUGAAUUUAUCAAGUAUUCGAGGGCGAUUUUUCCACCGAAAGUCCCUGCUGAUUUCUCUUCCACAACAAAAGGAGUAAGUUUAAAUCCUGUCAUCAUCAUCAUGUGAUCGGCUUCUGUUUGGGGUUUCUUACUCAGAGAUCAUUCAUUUCACUUGUGCUCUUUCUGUACAACGUAUAUUUGCUCUCACCUUCACCUGUACAAUUCAUUGUUGAGAGG